UGCGGAACGCAUGGACUGCGGGCAGUACACACACGUGCUGUUCCAGUGAACACUACGGAAGGUCACACCAGGCCCGAACCACAAAUUUCAUUCAUCAGCCCAAAAUCAUUUGUGUUCAAAAGAGCUAACGUGAGGACCCUUUAACUCAUUAUACAUCGGAUGGUAGGAGAUCCUUCAUGAACCCGCUAAGGAACCGGAGUACAAGGACAUAGCUACCUAAGUUAGCCCGCUGCUACUACGCAGCGACAGAAGUUUGUCGUUUUGUAAGCUAACAUUACGCCUACACGCCUCCAGAAACUGGGGUCGGACCGUUUGUUUUACUAAACCUCCUCUUUGUGAACGCUAUGGCUGACUACCUAAUUAGUGGACAGACAGGAUACGUGCCUGAAGAUGGUUUGGCGGCACAGCAACUUUUCAAUUGCGGAGACGGUCUUACUUACAAUGACUUCCUGGUUCUCCCAGGGUACAUUGACUUCACUUCAGAGCAGGUGGAUCUGACGUCUGCUCUGACAAAAACAAUCACUUUGAAAACACCACUGGUGUCCUCGCCCAUGGACACGGUCACUGAGUCUGGAAUGGCGAUCGCCAUGGCUCUUACUGGGGGCAUUGGGUUCAUGCACCAUAACUGCACUCCAGAAUUUCAGGCCAAUGAAGUCCGCAAGGUCAAGAGGUACGAGCAGGGCUUCAUCACCGACCCAGUGGUGAUGAGCCCAUCUGAGCGCGUGCGGGACGUCUUCCAGGCCAAGGCACGCCACGGCUUCUGCGGCAUUCCCAUCACUGACAACGGGCAGAUGGGUGGAUGCCUGGUGGGCAUCAUCUCUUCCCGAGACAUCGACUUCCUCAAGGAGGAAGAGCACGACUUGCCCCUCAGCGAGGUCAUGACUAAGUUGGAGGAUUUGGUGGUGGCUCCAGCUGGAGUGACACUGAAAGAGGCCAAUGAGAUCCUGCAGAGGAGCAAGAAAGGCAAGCUGCCCAUAGUGAACGCGGAGGGCUGUCUGGUGGCCAUCAUUGCUCGCACAGACCUGAAGAAGAACAGAGACUUCCCCCUGGCCUCUAAAGACUCGCGCAAACAGCUGCUGUGUGGCGCUGCCAUCGGGACACACAACGAUGACCGUUACAGGCUCGACCUGCUGGUGCAGAGUGGCGUUGACGUAGUUGUGUUGGACUCCUCCCAGGGCAACUCUAUUUUUCAGAUAAACUUGAUUAAAUACAUCAAAGAGAAGUACCCUACCCUGCAGGUUAUUGGAGGCAAUGUGGUGACGGCGGCGCAGGCCAAGAAUCUGAUUGAUGCCGGAGUCGAUGCACUGAGAGUAGGCAUGGGCAGCGGCUCCAUCUGCAUCACUCAAGAAGCGCACCCUACUGUUCCUCCUGAUUUAAAGCUCCACAGCCCCAAAACCCCAACUACUGUAACAGGAUACUCCAUGUUGGCAUGUGGACGGCCGCAGGCCACCGCAGUGUACAAGGUGGCAGAGUAUGCAAGGCGCUUUGGUGUGCCAGUCAUCGCUGAUGGUGGCAUCCAAACGGUCGGUCAUAUUGCCAAGGCCCUGGCUCUGGGAGCCUCCACAGUAAUGAUGGGCUCACUGCUGGCUGCCACGUCAGAAGCCCCAGGAGAGUAUUUCUUCUCUGACGGCAUCCGGCUGAAGAAGUAUCGUGGCAUGGGCUCCCUGGACGCUAUGGACAAGAACCUGGGCUCCCAGACCCGCUACUUCAGUGAGUGUGACAAGAUCAAGGUGGCCCAGGGUGUAUCAGGAGCAGUGCAGGAUAAAGGCUCCAUCCACCAGUUUGUGCCCUACCUGAUCGCUGGCAUUCAGCACUCAUGCCAAGACAUCGGUGCCAAGAGCCUUACUCAGCUGAGAGCCAUGAUGUAUUCUGGUGAUCUAAAGUUCGAGAAGAGAACCUCAUCCGCCCAGAUGGAGGGAGGUGUCCACAGUUUGCACAGCUAUGAAAAGCGUCUUUACUAAAGGGACGUUUUGAUGUCAUCCCCCCACCUUGCCAACAUAGACACACAAACGCAGACGUUUUCACACACUCGAGCACGAACACACACCUCUACUGACCUACACUAACAGUAGCGCACUCAGUGCCUCAGUGCCAAUAAGAACCUCAACUUCCCUCUGCUGUGGUCUUCCCAGCCUUUCUUCACAUGAAGAGACAGUGUUUUAGUGUGUGUAAGUUUGUGUGCGUACGCCUGUGUGUUCUCUCUCUCCGUUUGUUCGUUGAAGUGUUUGUUUCAGAUGCCUUCUUUUACCAGAGAUGUGACCUUGACAUUAAGUUUAAAGAUUAAAUAAGCAAGACUUUUCCACAAA